UAGCGGCGGCGGUGGAGGAGGGGAGCCGGCGAGCAGGCAGCGGCCGCGGCCCCGCGCUCGACGCUGCGGAGCGAGCCACCCGCCCCGGGAGCUCGCCUCCCGCUGCUCCCCGGGCCCCCCCCAGCGGCGCUGCCUCCUCCAAAUGAGCGAUUCGCCCGCUGGAUCUAACCCAAGGACACCCGAAAGCAGCGGCAGCGGCGGCGGGAAGAGGCCGGCGGUGCCGGCGGCGGUGUCCCUCUUGCCCCCGGCGGACCCCCUGCGCCAGGCGAACCGGCUCCCUAUCAGGAUCCUGAAGAUGCUGAGCGCCCACACCGGCCACCUCCUGCACCCGGAGUACCUGCAGCCGCUGUCCUCCACGCCCGUGAGCCCCAUUGAGCUGGACGCCAAGAAGAGUCCGUUGGCGCUGCUGGCCCAGACCUGCUCGCAGAUCGGCAAGCCCGACCCGCCGCCCUCGUCCAAGCUCAACUCCGUAGCGGCCGCGGCCAACGGGCUGGGAGCAGACAAGGACCCCGGCCGCUCGGCCCCAGGCGCCGGCUCCGCGUCCGCCGCGCUCAAGCAGCUGGGAGACGCCCCGGCCGAGGACAAAUCCAGCUUCAAGCCCUACUCCAAGGGCUCCGGCGGCGGCGACUCCCGCAAAGACAGCGGCUCGUCCUCCGUGUCCUCCACCUCCUCCUCGUCCGCCUCGUCCCCGGGGGACAAGGCGGGGUUCAGGGUUCCCAGCGCCGCCUGCCCGCCCUUUCCCCCGCAUGGAGCGGCAGUGUCCGCGACCUCGUCCUCGUCUUCGCCCGGCGGCUCCCGCGGCGGCUCCCCACACCACUCGGACUGCAAGAACGGCGGCGGCGAGCUGGACAAGAAAGACCAGGAACCCAAGCCCAGCCCAGAGCCGGCGGCCGUGAGCCGCGGCAUUGGCGGCGGCGGGGAGCCAAGCGCACACGGCGGCGGCGCCGAGGCCGGGUCCUCUGAGCGCAAGUCGGAGCCGCCCUCGGCCCUGGUGGGGGCUGGCCAUGUGGCGCCGGUGUCGCCCUACAAACCCGGCCACUCGGUAUUCCCGCUGCCUCCCUCCAGCAUCGGCUACCACGGCUCCAUCGUGGGCGCCUACGCCGGCUACCCGUCCCAGUUCGUGCCUGGCCUGGAUCCCAGCAAGUCCGGCCUCGUGGGGAGCCAGCUGUCGGGGGGCCUGGGGCUGCCGCCCGGGAAGCCCCCCAGCUCCAGCCCACUCACCGGGGCCUCUCCGCCCUCCUUCCUGCAGGGAUUAUGCCGUGACCCCUACUGCCUGGGAGGUUACCACAGCGCCUCGCACCUCGGCGGCUCCAGCUGCUCCACCUGCAGCGCGCACGACCCCGCAGGGCCCAGCCUGAAGGCGGGGGGCUACCCGCUGGUGUACCCCGGGCACCCGCUGCAGCCCGCUGCGCUCUCGUCCAGCGCGGCCCAGGGCGCGCUCCCCGGCCACCCACUCUACACCUAUGGCUUCAUGCUGCAGAACGAACCUCUGCCGCACAGCUGCAACUGGGUGGCGGCCAGCGGGCCUUGCGACAAGCGCUUCGCCACCUCGGAGGAGCUGCUCAGCCACCUACGGACUCACACGGCCCUGCCGGGCGCCGAGAAACUCCUGGCCGCCUACCCCGGGGCCUCGGGCCUGGGCAGCGCCGCUGCCGCCGCUGCCGCCGCCGCCGCCGCCGCCUCCUGCCACCUGCACCUGCCCCCGCCCGCCGCGCCCGGCAGCCCCGGGUCGCUGUCCAUGCGGAGUCCACACACUUUGGGGCUAAGCCGGUACCACCCUUAUGGCAAGGGCCACUUAUCCACAGCGGGGGGCCUGGCCGUGCCGUCGCUGCCCACAGCCGGACCCUACUACUCGCCAUACGCGCUGUACGGACAGAGACUGGCCUCGGCCUCUGCGCUCGGGUACCAGUAACUGCGGCCCCUCCGGCCACCGGCCACCGCCGCCGCCGCCGCCGCUUCCCGCUUCGCUGCUCGCCCCGCCGGAAGCCCCCCGCCCUCCCCACCGGACUGUGUAUUUAUUUACUGUUCGCUUACAAGCUGGGAAUAUAAGUGCAUUAACGGCCCACACGAGUCGAUGGUAUGCAGAAAGGCUGUAAUAAUAUUAAUCACACCAAUAACUACAUCCCCGCCCCCUCUUCCUGCCCUUUUUUUCACCCCCCACCCCCACCCCUUAGGUAGAAGUUUUUUAAAGUUUGAUGCUUUUUUUUUUUUCCUUUCCUGCUUGGUUUGGUUUUAGGGAAGGAGGGUGAGUUCGGUUUUCCCUCGCAGGGGGAUUUCUUGCAUGCGUCUGCUCCCCUUGAAACAACACCCACCACCACCACCACCAUCACCACCAUCACCACCCCCACCCUCCUUUUCCCCUCUGGUUUGCUUCCAUUCGAGGUUCUGGUUUUUUCCUUUGGACAAGCAGCGGAGUUAUGGUUUCUGUAACACGGUUUGGGGUGCAGGGGGGAGGGGCCCGUGAGCGCCUCUUAGCGGCAGCCCUGCGUCCCCUCCCGAGGGACCCUGGGUCUGGGCCCCCCCAUUGACUGCCCUGCUCCCCCACCGGAGCUUCCCCCACCCCGAGCUCACCACGGAGGGGUGCACCUGGCCCCCGACCCUUGACCCCCUCACCCCUGUCCCCGGCCCCCUUCCAGACCCCUCCCUCCGGGCCCCGACACUGGUGGUCCCGCCGCCCGCUGGCGUGGAGCUCGGCUCUUUUUUUAAUUUAAUUUUUUUUUUUCUGCAAAGUGCAUUAUAGUCGUGGUCUCUCUGCCUAGGCCGGGCUGCGGCGGCGGGGGCGGGGUCCUCGGCGAGCCCCCUCCGGCGGACG